CCAUAUCAAAAGAAGUGGUAAAGCCUGCCAUACGUGAAAUCCUUCUCUUUUCUCACCUAUAGACAGGAUGAAGUUCUCCGCUGACGUCAGUUCCUCUCGCCGUAAGAGCAGAAAGGCUCAUUUCACCGCCACCUCUGAUGUUCGUCGUAAGAUCAUGAGUGCUCCUUUGUCCAAGGAACUCCGUGAAAAGUACGGUGUCCGUUCUAUUCCCGUCCGCAAGGAUGAUGAAGUUCAAAUUGUUCGUGGUACUUACAAGGGCCGUGAAGGUAAAAUCACUCAAGUCUACCGUAAGAAGUGGGUUAUCCACGUUGACCGUGUCGUCCGUGAGAAGGUCAACGGUGCCACCGUCCCCAUUGGUCUCUCCGCCUCUAAGGUUGUCAUUACUAACCUCAAGUUAGACAAGUCUCGUCUUGCCAUUCUUGAACGUAAGGGUAAGAAGGAUGCUAUGAAGCAGUAAUUACUCUUAUACUCUCCUUUAUACUCAUAAAAUAAACUAACAUGGGAAAAUAAAAGAACUCUUCUUGACUCCUUGUUUUGUACAUUUUUCUCAAAGCCUACGACUAUACCAAUCUAACAUUGAUUUUAAGAAUCCUACCAUCAAUACAAAGGCUCGGCGAUAGAGGUUAGCAUCAGCAUAGAUGCAACGUAUUGUUCAAAAACAAAAAAUAGUUUAAUGGGAAGAGAGGCUUGUAUUAAAAGAAGGGCUCGAAUAGAUUCAGCAAUUGAAUGUUGAUUUUGAUUCAUCGAACAAAGAGAGUAUCAAGUGUUAAUAGACGAUGUUGAUAGCUCGCAGGAGUCUGCUUUAUUAUAGAUUGAAUGUCUAGCUUUUCAUUAAACAUCUGUCGAAAUGAAGAUACCGUAUAAAUACAGGGUUUCGAAAAGCAAUAUGUCGCCUUCGCCAAAGUUAACAGUUACAUCAAA